AUGCAAUACUAAGAAUUCCAAAAAAUCAUAUAAUAAUAGACAAUUUUAGUGACCCAAGGAGGACUUCUUUAAGAAGAGCAAAACAUAAGCAAAUAAUUGAAUUUGUAUAAAUACAGAAAUUACUAAGUAAAUAUGAUAGACCAAUUGACAUAACUUACAAUUGAAUAUCCAGUUAGAUGUAAACUUUGUCCAAAUCUAGAAGUUUGUAUGGAUAUCAGAAGUUAUAUUGCACAUUUUACUAAUUUUAAAAAGAUGUUUCCAACAAAAGGUUAUGUUUGUCCAUUAUGUAAUUAAUAAUUAGGAUAAUAAAUUCUACGAAUGAAUAUUUAAAAUUACAUAUAUUUAGAUCCAAAUAUACUUUCAUAUAUGUUUAAAGACAUGUCUUACACUAAUGGAAUUAAUAUUUUUGAAUAUAAAGGAGAAUAAUAUUUGUGGUAAGAAUUUAAUUAUAGAUACAAAAUUAAAAGAGAAGAUUAUGUUUCAGAUUUAUAUCAAAGAUAGGUUGUAUUUAGGCAACUGUUUUGUAUAGUUAAUAAAGAAUUGAGAAUUCGGUAACCUUUAAUCCUUUAAAAAUGUCCUGAUAGAAAAAUUGUUGACUUUAAAUCAUUUUAUCAAGAAUUAACGAAAAUAAACUUUGAUUUAGAAAAAUAAGGACUUAUCUUAUGUAGAUGCAAUUAUUGUAAUCGCAAUCCCAUUAAGUUUAUCGCAGGAUAAAUCUAUUUUCAUGAAGCCUUUUAUGAAGCUUUUAAUAAAUAUUAUCAAAUCGAACAUAAUAAUCAAAAUGAGUCUCACUUUACUUAUAUAUUUGCUGAUACAGAGAUAGAUAGUUAAAUCAUAAAUGAUGUUGUUGAAGAUUUAUGUUAAGAUUAGAAAUUUCAAAGAAUGUUUAGAAGAAAUACUAUCAAAGGAUAUUCUUUAAAUUUUCAAAUGGUGCAAAUAAAUAUUGGCAUUUUCUCAAUUUAUUUGGAUUAUGAUGGUAUUUAUGUAGAUCUAGUCAGUGCAAAGAAUCAUAUCAAUUCAACUAUUAAUCUAAAAUAAAGAAAAUAUCACUUUUAAAUCACUAAGAUUGAUUUUUAAUUAAGUAAUUCAAUUUUUGGAUUUAUUAGUAAUAAUUAUAGAUUCUCAUCAGAUUAAUGA